AUGCAGGCCGCCUCGGCCUGUGGAGUGUAUAGACACUUGCGAGGCGGGCUGGAUAGUAAAAUAGCACAUGCAGCCCUGCAGGGAGCCGGCGCCGUUGCCGCUGCUUCUGGCGGGUCUCGCGCUGCGCCGGCGCCUCCCGGACCCCCGAUGCCUCCUCCACCCCCCCCGCAACAACAACAACAGCAGCAGCAGCAGCAACAACAGUUUUGGCAGUUGCAGCAAAUGUACCUGAUGCAUUGGCAGCAGCAACAGCAGCAGAGUGCAGCAGCAGCAACUGCAGCAGCAGGUUCUGGAGGGCCAGGUCAGGAGGAGGCUGAGAACGGGGUAGGAGGCUCCGCAGCAGCACCUGCUGCUUCCUUGGGGGCGCCUUCAAGUGAAGGAGUGGCGGCUGCUUCAGAGGAUAUCGGCAAACCUGAGAGCUUCGAGGUUCUAGGCAAGACUUCUUGGCUGCGAGUGAGGACGUCUGGUGGAAAGAAGUAUUUUUACAACAAGGAAACACGGGUUGCUGUGUGGAAGGUUCCGGAGGAGGUGAAAGACUUGCUGCAGCGGCUCGACAAGGCAGCAGCAGCACUGGAUGCUUUUGACGACUGGGAGGCUCCCGACGAGGAUGAAGGUUUGCCUGCGGCGCCUCCGCAGCCUUCCCAUCAGCAAUGCCACCAACUGCAGCAGCAGCAGCAGAUGCAGCAGCAGCAGAUGCAGCAGCAGAUGCAGCACCAACACGAGCAGCAGCGGCAACUCCAGCAGAAGCAGCAAGAGACAGCGGCUGCCGCUGCUGGUGCUGCUGCUGCAAUGAGGGGCAACGGCAGCAGCAGCAGCACCGCCACCAGUGCGCACCAGCUGCAGCAGACGCAGCAGCAGCAGACGCAGCAGCAGCAGACGCAGCAGCAGCAGCUUGAAGACAGCGAUGAUUCAUCCGAUGAUGAUUCGGAUCAAGAAACGAAUCCUGAGCUCGAGGUCUUAAUGGGACUGGCCAGGCGGAUGGAAGAUUUCAAGCAAAUGUUGCGGGAAGAAAACUUUGGACCCUUCGCUGUCUAUGAGAAGUGUUUGCCACGCCUGGUGUAUCAGCCGCGCUUCAGCGCCAUUACAGCCGAUCAACGCCGCCGUCUGUUUGAUCGGUGCAUCAAAGAGCUCGCCGCAGAAAGCCGUCGAGGCCAGAAGGAGCAUAUCGACGCCUUCAGAGCGCUGCUCGAUGAGGCUAAGGCUCAAGGCCAUGUGCAUUCUUCGUCUACCGUAGACACCCUAGAAAGGAGGUUUGGACACGACGAGCGCUGGCAGGGAGGCGCAAUCCCCCGGGGGGAGUGGGCAGCGAUCCGGAAGCGACUCAUUGAGGAAAUGGUUGCAAGAAGACGGGAAGACAAGAAUGAAGCGCGUGAUGCUUUGCGCCGCCAGUUCAAGAAAUUCGUCAAGGAGCAGCUGCAGGCAUUUCCUUCUGAGGACUGGCCCUUGCGUCGAAGGGAGUUUCGAUCUCACCCCCUAUAUACGCAAGUGGUCAGUUGCAAGGCUUUUGCGGCGCUCGAAGCAAGCAAGAGCACCACACACCCAUGCGCAGAAAGGAGGCUCUCGCUCACACAGGCCUCUGCACGGGAGAGAGAGCAGCUGUAUCAGGAGGCAUGCGAAGACUUGACGGCUGCUCGCUUGGAGAGAAAGCGAGUAGCAGGGGCCUCCUCUAUUCUGGAUGACGCUGAAACAAAAAAGCUCAAGCUUCUGAAGGCAGAUGCCGCUACAGCCUUCACGAACAUGCUGGUCGAGCGCGUCAAGAAUCCAUAUGCCGACAGCUCUGACGGUAGCGAAUGGCCUCUAGAGCUGCUGCAGUCCGAUGCGCGCUUCGGCACAAACAGUCUAACGGAAUCUGAAAAGAAGGAGCUUUACAAAGCCUUUGUUAGGGAGUUCUGCACUUCAAGAGUAUCGCUCUUUGCAUCCCGCCUUACAGCGCUUCCGAACGAAGAUCUUGCGCUGCCUUUCGCAGGGGUGCUCGAGAAGCUGCAAACCGCUAAAAAGCUUUUCCAAGGCAUUCCGGAGGAGGAGUUAAGGCCACGGCACGAGGCAUGGAGAGAGCAACGACUGUCCGAGCUAGCAGACGCCUUCCUGCUGUUUUUGCGGCAGCAUCCCGAUGUUUCGCGUUUCUACAGCGAUAUUGCGAAAGGAGUCAAGCAGCAGAGCGGCCCCUUCUCAGACGAGCAGUUGACGCCGCUUCUGGAAAAGCUGAAGGCUGAUGUUCGCUUUCAGAGACUCGACGCCUUCCCCGCGCGCCGUCUGCAGCUUUUGCAGCAGCGUCUCGAGGAGCUCUCGAAGGAGCAACGCCGUAAGGGUCCAGGGAUUGCGCAGAGUGUCAAACAGCAGGCUACUUCGCAGAGGCCAUAA